AAACGAGACAAAUUCCAAAAUUAUCCAACAAUCGUUGGUUAUUCACACUUGUUAUUCAGUGGUCUAGACACAGAAGCUUGAUGAGAUCGUUUUGUUAUAAUCCAUGACUCGUGAAUGCGGAGGAAAAGAGCUUUUAAAGUUUAGAGAACGCUGGGAUUUGUCGCUGUUUUAGAGAAAAAUUGAAAGUUAUAUUCGACCCACCAUGCCGAUUUUAGCAGAUACAUCUCGUGCUGCAGAAAUUUUAGAUGGUCUUCAACAGAAGCUCAAGUCUCAAGGAGACACAGAGAACGAUGAAGAACUUGAAAGGAUCAAACAGAUGCUCGAAAGCCCUCUGUUUAGACAACUUUUGAUGAUUCAGCAGUCAGUGAAAGAACUGAACAGGAAACUUACACAUUCACCACCAGAUUCAGUAAAGGAUUUUGACUUCUCUCCCACAGGAGAGCUUGUAUUUCCACACCAUUCUGUAUCAGACAGUGAAGAGGUGGCAGUUAUAAAUGCACCACCUUCUACAGCAGGCGUGUUCAAUCAAGAACCCAAUCACUAUGAAUCAGUCACAAUGGAUGAUCAUUCAGAGGAUUGGCUGAAUGCAUCAUCAUCAUACCAUUAUACAUCCACUGACCCUGCCGUUGAAGCAGACUAUGAUUUAACCAUUGACAAUCGAGAUCAAGUCAUGGCAGAGCUUAAGAAGUCCAAAUUUGCCAAAAGUGAAGACUUUCAAAAAGGGAUAGAAACGCUGGCACAGGGUCGUGAAAUUGAAACAGUGAAGUUGAUGAAACCAGAUCAAGGUGGUUUGGGUUUCAGUGUUGUGGGACUGAAGAGUGAAAAUCGAGGAGAGUUGGGCAUCUUUAUUCAAGAGAUACAGCCUGAUGGUGUUGCAGGAAGGGAUGGAAGGUUGCAAGAAAGUGACCAGAUUCUUGCCAUAGAUGGCAAACAGCUCGACAGCGGAAUGACUCAUCAGCAGGCCAUUGGAGUUUUGCAGCAAACUAGUGGUGAAGUUGAACUGAUUGUUGCUAGAGGUGGAAUUCCACGCUCAAGGAAUCUGUCACGCACUACUUCGGGAGCAAGUUCAGCAUUGUCACGGACACCUUCAGAUGUCAGUACUGUCUCACAUACAUCUGUGACAGUACCUGCUGGGGAUGGAGAGAACUUGCGACACAUUGAAACUGUUGAGCUCCACAAUGACGGGUCAGGUCUGGGGUUUGGUAUUGUGGGUGGAAGGAGUACAGGUGUUAUUGUGAAGACCAUCCUUCCCAGAGGUGUCGCCGAUAGGGAUGGGAGAUUGCGCAGUGGUGAUCACAUUCUUCAAAUUGGAGAAGUAAAUGUUGGCGGUAUGGGAAGUGAACAGGUUGCCCAGGUUUUACGUAAAGUUGGACAGCAUGUGAAACUUGUUAUUGCUAGACUGGUAACUGAUGAAUCCAACAUUGAUGCUUCCUCCACAGUAGAGGAAGGCAAAGAUGUGGAAGCAUUUGAUGUUGAACUGGUAAAGGACAGCAGAGGCCUGGGAAUAACCAUUGCUGGAUAUGUCGAGCAGUCUUCAACGGAAUUGUCAGGAAUUUUUGUAAAAAGUAUUGCAGAAGGAAGCACUGCUGCUGUCGAUGGAAGAUUAAGGAUUAACGACCAAAUCAUUGAGGUUGAUGACGUUAGUCUGCAUGGUAAAAAUAACCAACAAGCUGUGGAAAUUCUGAAACAAACUGGACCAGUUGUUCGACUGAAGGUAGCUCGGCAUGUCAAGCACCGCCUCAGUAGACAACAGACUCCCGUUGAUGAGUAUCAUCCAACUACAUCACUAAGUGCCCAGUCUAGUGCAAGUCUAGCAGAGUCUUCAGUGAAGCGCCUGAAUUCGGCUGCUUCUGAAGGAAAGCAUCAUACUGAUCCAGAAAAUGUUAAAGAACAUUACAGCCAUUUGGUUGGAGACGGUGUGGAUGUUCUGGUUGCAGAUAUUUCCAAAUUCCACGAAGGAGGCGGCCUGGGGAUCAGUUUAGAAGGAACACAGAAUCCACACGAUGGUUCCCUGCCAUGGCACAGAAUCCAUGCUGUUAGUCCUGAGGGACCGGUGGGUCAGAAUGGAAUUGUCAAACCCGGUGAUCAUCUGGUCGAGGUAAAUGGUGUCAGCGUUCUAGAGAUGAACCAUUCUGACGUUGUCACGCUCAUACAAGGAUUGCCCGUGGACUUCCGACUGGUUGUUGCCAGAAAUCGAGAUUCUGCGGACGAGGAAGUCAUCGCAGCAGAGACUGGAAUGGAGGUGGAGAGUCAACCAAAUGAAACUGAAAGAGAAGAUAAUCCUUACGAAGAGAUUGCCAUAACAACUCCUAGUCCCAUGUUGUCAGCCUUGCCUGAUAGCCCCAGUCCCACUGGUCUCAAUGAGUCCGCUAUGUCUCAGCCCAUGUCCAUGUGGUCCGAUGAGAUCGAAUAUGUUGAGCUGGACAAGGAGGACAGAGGACUGGGAUUUAGUAUCCUGGAUUACAAGGACCCAGUGUCUCCCGAAAAAACGGUGAUUGUAAUUCGGAGUCUGGUACCCGGAGGUGUGGCAGAACAGGAUGGAAGAUUGAAGCCAGUUGAUCGACUGAUGUCUGUCAAUGACACCAAUCUGGAAAAUGCCUCCCUCAGCUAUGCUGUUGAGACACUGAAAGGGGCUCCACAAGGUAAAGUACGAAUUGGUGUCGCAAGGCCAAUCCCUGUUGAAGAUGAAGAUUAUGAAGAGACUCCACCAGAAACUGCAAGGUACAUGGGUGAACAGUUACUGGAAAGUAACGCACAAAACGGAAGAGACAAUCAUGCUGCUUUAAUGGGUGACAUCGAAGUCGAAAAAGAGAGUGAGAAUGAAUUGAGUGACAGCGGAAGUGAACGUUCGUCCAAGUUUGACUUCGGUCCGCCAUUGUUGUUCUCAGGAGAUUCUAUCGAUAUGGACAGUUUGCCAGAGAAUAUCAAAUCUAGAAUGGAGACCAUAACCAUUCGAAGGCAGAUGGUUGGAAAAUUAGGUCUUACUUUGAAGGGAGACGAGGAUGGCUGUGGUUGUGUUGUCAAGUCAGUUUUGAGGGGAGGUGCUGUUGGACUGGACGGACGGAUUGGGGUCGGGGAUCAUCUUGUUGCUGUCAAUGAUGAAAGCAUGAUUGGACUCUCGGGACACAGAGCCAGGUCUGUUCUCAGGAAGCAAUCUUUGUUGAAGGACAUCGUGUUCACAUUCAUUCGCAGCGAGAUGACACCUGCACGGGCUAUUCAACAGUCCCCCUCGUCAUUCCUUGAAGACAGUUCUACGUCAUCGGUGCAUUCGUCCCAGUCUUUCGAGGCUGAAGCUGACCGAGAGCAGAAAAGGGACGGUGCCGAAGAGUACGACAUUCCAGACUCUUUAGAAAACCAGUCUGACCUGCUUCAACCGGUUAAACAACCAAUCUACAACGAACCUGGAGUCCAUGUGGUUGAACUCAACCGAGAACCUGACAGUGGACUGGGGAUAAGCAUCAUUGGUGGUAAAGCUGGCCCACAAGGCCAGGGCCUUAAAGGGAUCUUUAUCAGACACGUACUGGAGUCCAGUCCUGCUGCGCGUUUAGGAACGCUGGUGACUGGUGACCAGAUAUUGGAAGUUGAUGGGCACGAUCUACGUGACGCCUCGCAUGAUGAAGCUGUUGAGAUCAUCAAACGGGCUAAGAAUCCUGUGCGGUUUGUGGUCAAGACAGUGCCAACUUCCGGUUUAAUCCCCCCGCCCAAACCACCACGCAUGCCUGAACUCAGUGGUCUCAACAACGCGGAACCCAGUAAUGUGACCGUUACCAGUGCCAGGCCCUCAGCCGAGGCUGCCGAUCUAUCAUCAGACGAGUCGUUGAAGAAAGACAUCCCAAUUCCAACGAAGAAUCUAGCAGCUGAGGAACCAACUGCGAGCGUUGUUCAGGCUGAGGGAGUGAAGGCAGAAAUUGAAAGCAAACUUUUGAACCUGCCGACCAAGUUUAAUAUUGUCAGGAGCAACGAGGACAGGAAAAGGCAACUGAAAAUCAAGUACCCGGACGUUACUGGUGACUUUAUCUUUGUAGAUCUGGUUAAAGGGGGAACUGGAUUAGGUCUGAGUAUCGCGGGCGGAAAAGGUGCAGCGGCAAAUCGCAUUUUCGUCGUAGAUGUCAAACCAGGCGGGCCGGCGGAGAGAAAUGGACAAAUUAAACAAGCUGACGAGAUCCUUGAAGUGAAUGAAGUCUCCAUUCGGGGCUUGACUCAUUACGAGGCCUCUACGAUUCUGAAAAACACGCCACCUAAAGUCAACCUCGUAUUAGGCAGGUCCCAAGAAGCCGCUGAUUACCUCAGUCGAUCCAGGACACCGCCGGCUCAUGAAUCUCCCCGAGGCCAACAGUGGCCCGAACAGGAAGCAAAACAACUCAAUAUCCACUCCAUCGAGUCAUCUCCGACAACACCGAGGCGCGAAAUCGAAAGUCCACGACGAUCAGAGCCUAGUCCGCGCUCGAGUCCUCCGCCGGUUGCAGAGGGUAUUACCGUGUCACCAACCCUUUUACAAGAACUGUCUGGGGGUCAGAAAGUAGAACGCAUUGACUUUGUUAAGAGCCCAACUGGUCUUGGAUUUGCUGUUGUAGAAGGCCCAGGAUUCGGUGGAGGCCAAACAGGGAUUUAUGUCAAGGACAUUACUGACGGAGGACCUGCCCAAAAGGACGGGCGACUGAAAAAAGGAGACCAGUUGAUUGCAGUGGAUAAUCAACCGAUUGUGGGACUUUCUCAUGCUGAGGCCGUUGCCAUAUUGAAGAGAACCAAAGGAAAGGUGUCUCUUGUGGUUGCUAGGAAACAAACUCCACCCGGAGGUUCACCAGGAGCAGAAAAAUCAACUUCCGCCAAUUCAUCACCCAGGAGGGAGACCGGAAGUCCCCGUACACCAAGGAGAGGCCCUCCUGUUGCUACGAAACCAGCCAGGGAUUCAAUGUCAGACAGCAGCAAUCCAGGAAGUCCAAGAAAACAAUGGAGCCUUGAGAGAGUGCCAGCAGAAAUUGUACAGACCGGAAAUGGCCAGAGCGGAAGUCCUGCAGCAUCAAGAAGAGAGCCUGAGCAGUCCCAAGCAUUUGAGCCUGAAGUUCAGGUUGUUCAGCAGUCUCCUAGACAAGCAGCAGUAGUUACACCAACGUUAAUCUCGUCUCCAAAUCCCCGCACUGCGCCGAUCAUUCCCGGUCAGGAAUGUGUGAUAGAGAUUCCCAAAGGCAACACAGGCCUGGGGCUGAGUAUCGUUGGAGGCGCGGAUACUCUGUUGGGUGCUAUAGUCAUUCAUGAAGUGUAUGAAGACGGAGCCGCAGCUAAAGAUGGCCGACUUUGGGCUGGAGAUCAGAUCUUAGAAGUCAAUUAUGUGGAUCUGCGAGAAGCCACUCACGAUAUGGCCAUCACAGCGUUGAGACAAACACCUGCUGUCGUUAGAUUGGCUGUUUUAAGGGACGAAUCACAGUUUAAAGAUGAAGAAGCCUUCGAGUACAUCACGCUCGACUUGAACAAAGUUCCCGGCCAGGGACUAGGUCUGAGUAUCGUGGGAAGAAGGAACGACACGGGAGUAUUUGUUUCAGACGUGGUGAAAGGUGGUAUCGCAGAGGCAGACGGUCGUCUUCAAGCUGGUGACCAGAUCCUCUCGGUCAACGGUGAGGAUCUUAAGAACGCCACUCAGGAUGUAGCAGCGGCUGCGCUCAAGCGUACUUCUGGCCGUGUUAUUCUUGAGGUGGCUCGUCUGAAGCACGGCACCAGUUCUAGGCCGUCCUCCAUGAGCAGUUUACCAAACAUGCAGCCUGGGACCGAAUCCCUGAGCAGCAUGGAAAAUAUCGCGGUUCAAAUCCCACUCGAUUUUGAACAGCAAGAAGUUGGCCCCUCAUCAGGUUCCGGUCUCCCUCCGGUCGGUCUGCCUCCGAGUUCUUCAAUGGUGCAGGAGGCUAUUGAACUAGUUCAGUCUGACGAGGAAGGAGAAGAAAUGCCACUAGAAGCGAAGAUUAUUGAAUUAGAACGCGGUCCCGAAGGCCUGGGUUUCAGUAUCGUGGGUGGUCAUGGGAGUCCACACGGUGACCUGCCAAUCUACGUCAAAACCGUCUUCCCGACUGGCGCUGCGGCCCGAGAUGGGCGACUCAAACGCGGUGAUCAGAUUAUUGCUGUGAAUGGAGAGAGUCUUGUUGGAGUCGCCCAUGAAUCUGCUGUAGCUAUGCUAAAAAGGACCAAAGGACGAAUUAUUCUCACAGUACUUUCGUAAGCACUAAGACUAGAGUUACAAAGUGACCUUCGUGUUUCUAAGUGCAACUUAAAAGAGCUACGUCGCCAAAAAAGAAAAAAAAAUAGUUCGCACUCUCAAAGGA